UGGAACGAGGUUGCGAACAUUUGUCACCUUCAAUCGCCCAUUUUUCAGUUCUGGGAGGUUAUCUCUGACGAACACGGCAUCCAACCCGAUGGAUCAUACAAAGGAGAGAGCGAUCUACAACUAGAACGAAUCAAUGUUUACUACAAUGAGGCUAAUGGAGGAAAGUAUGUUCCACGAGCGGUACUUGUUGAUCUGGAACCCGGCACGAUGGACUCUGUUCGCUCCGGACCAUUUGGUGCUCUAUUCCGCCCGGACAACUUCGUCUUCGGGCAAUCUGGAGCCGGUAAUAACUGGGCAAAAGGUCACUACACAGAAGGAGCUGAACUUGUCGAUAGCGUCCUUGAUGUUGUUCGCAAAGAGGCAGAAGGGUGCGAUUGUCUUCAGGGUUUCCAACUCACGCACUCGCUUGGAGGAGGCACAGGAUCAGGAAUGGGAACUCUGUUGAUUGCUAAGAUCCGUGAAGAAUAUCCUGAUAGAAUUAUGUCAUCCUUCUCAGUGGUACCUUCACCAAAGGUUUCCGAUACUGUCGUGGAACCUUACAAUGCCACCCUAUCUGUCCAUCAACUGGUGGAAAAUACUGACGAAACGUUCUGUAUUGACAACGAAGCACUCUACGACAUUUGCUUCCGUACACUGAAACUUACUAACCCAACUUAUGGAGAUCUCAACCAUCUGGUAUCCGUAACUAUGUCUGGAGUAACAACAUGCUUGCGAUUCCCUGGACAACUAAAUGCUGAUCUACGUAAACUGGCUGUCAACAUGGUGCCCUUCCCACGGCUGCAUUUCUUCAUGCCUGGAUUCGCACCACUAUCAGCAAAGGGAGCUCAAGCCUACCGAGCACUAACGGUUUCUGAGCUCACGCAGCAGAUGUUCGACGCAAAGAACAUGAUGGCCGCUUGUGAUCCACGACACGGGCGCUAUCUUACUGUUGCGGCAAUGUUCCGUGGUCGUAUGAGCAUGCGUGAGGUUGAUGACCAGAUGAUGUCUGUGCAAAAUAAGAAUUCGUCCUACUUUGUCGAAUGGAUUCCCAACAAUGUAAAAACAGCAGUAUGCGAUAUUCCACCACGCGGUUUGAAAAUGGCUGCCACCUUUGUUGGAAACUCGACAGCAAUCCAAGAACUGUUCAAGCGUAUAUCAGAGCAGUUUACUGCUAUGUUCCGUCGUAAAGCCUUCUUGCAUUGGUACACUGGCGAAGGUAUGGACGAAAUGGAAUUCACUGAAGCCGAAUCGAAUAUGAAUGAUCUGGUAUCCGAGUACCAACAAUAUCAAGAGGCAACUGCUGAUGAUGAGGGUGAAAUGGAAGGUGCCGUUGAAAACGACACGUAUGCAGAGGAGUAA